UAAGUUUUAUAUCCUCUUUUUCUGCUGUUCCUUCUCUCCCGGGUUUAACUGCAUGUAAUAGCCUGUGCUUGGUAGGACAGCAUGGGACGGUCUGAGGGAAACUGAAAUGUCCCGUCUGACCUGCCCCCUGGACAACCUUGAAGCAGAAAACACCUUUGCUGGUUUGGGAGAGAUCUUGGUCUAGGUAUUUUUGGAGAGGGAAGUACCGCUGUGUGCAAGCAUGCGUCCCUUGGCUAGGUGCAGAUCCCUACCCCUAUCUCUGAAGCAUGGCAACAUUGUCGUCCCUGCCUGUGUGACUCUUGGGGGGAGGUUUAUUAUCGGAGCUGGGGAUUAGACCUUGACAAAGUUGCUGUUUCAAGGUUUCGCUCUGUUGUUUUCGAGUCGGACAGUUUUAAGGGUUGUUCCUCUCCUCCCUCCUAAUAGCGAGGGUGACGCCAGUGGCGAAUGCUAAUAUCCCCGGUGUCUGGAUGGGCAUGGAGCUAGCACAGCCUCCGCCAGUUGCUGCGUGCGUGGCAAGCCCCUGUCGGCGUGCUGUCUGGAGUCCUGGUUUGGAGAAACCUCCAGGAGUUGUUGGGUCUGAAGACAUCAAGCAGAACGAGAAAAAUCUGGCAGUAAAUCAGAGCUGGAGCCAUGACAAUGUCGAUAAAGCUGCCCUCAGGCAGAGUAAACCCAAAACUGAAGUCACCAGUGCGAUGGUGCGGUCUUCCACCAUGAUGGUUUCAGACAAGGCUUCGCUCUUGUCCGUGAAGAAAUUUGAGCUAAGAGAUACUAUCGUUAAAUCCCAGCUUGUGCAGAAGGAAGAUUCCUAUACCUCCAUCCAGAACUUCAGGUUUUUUGUUGGGACAUACAACGUCAAUGGGCAGUCGCCCAGAGGGAGCCUCCAGCCCUGGCUGAGCCACGACAUCGAGCCUCCGGACAUUUACUGCGUUGGUUUCCAGGAGCUCGAUCUGAGCAAAGAAGCCUUCUUUUUCAAUGACACGCCGAAGGAGGAAGAGUGGUUUAAAGCUGUAACUGAUAGUCUUCACCCUGGUGCCAAGUACGCCAAGGUGAAGCUGAUCCGGCUCGUUGGGAUCAUGCUCCUGCUCUAUGUGAAGGCAGACCUUGCGCCGAACAUCUCGGAGGUGGAAGCAGAGACCGUGGGGACUGGGAUCAUGGGGAGAAUGGGUAACAAAGGCGGAGUGGCAAUCAGGUUCAAGUUCCACAACACGGGCGUGUGCGUGGUGAACUCCCACCUGGCCGCGCACACCGAGGAGUACGAGCGGAGGAACCAGGACUUCAAGGACAUCUGCUCUCGCAUGCAGUUCUGCCAGGCUGAUCCCAGCUUGCCCCCCCUCACCAUCAACAAGCACGAUGUGAUCCUGUGGCUGGGAGACCUCAAUUACAGGAUAGAAGAGCUGGACAUGGAGAAGGUGAAGAAGUUUGUGGAAGAGAAGGCAUUUCUAGCCCUUUAUCAACACGACCAGCUGAAGAGGCAGAUGGAUGAGAAAGCUGUCUUUGAAGGCUUCACAGAAGGAGAGAUUUCCUUCCAGCCGACCUACAAAUACGACACUGGCUGCGAUGACUGGGACACUAGUGAGAAGUGUCGUGCCCCAGCCUGGUGUGAUCGGAUCCUCUGGAAGGGGAAGAAUAUCACUCAGCUGAGCUAUCGCAGCCACAUGGCUUUGAAGAUCAGUGACCAUAAGCCAGUGAGCUCCAUGUUUGAAAUUGGGGUGAAGGUCGUGAACGAGGAACUCUACCGGAAAGCCUUUGAAGAAAUAGUGCGCUCGUUGGACAAGAUGGAGAACGCCAACAUCCCAUCAGUGACCCUGUCCCAGAGGGAGUUCUUUUUCAAGGAUGUGAAGUACAUGCAGCUGCAGGUGGAGAAGUUGACCAUACGCAACGGACAGGUGCCCUGUCAGUUCGAAUUCAUCAGCAAACCGGACGAAGACACCUACUGCAAGGAGUGGCUGAUCGCAAACCCCUGCAAGGGGUUCCUGCUACCGGAUUCUGAGAUUAUGGUUGAAUUGGAGAUGUUUGUUAAUAAAUCAACAGCUACGAACUUAAACUCUGGGGAGGAUAAGCUCGAAGACAUCCUGGUUUUGCAUCUCGACAGAGGGAAGGAUUAUUUCCUGUCGGUGACUGGAAACUAUUUGCCCAGCUGCUUUGGGUCUCCCAUCCACACGCUGUGCUACAUGAGGGAGCCGAUACAGGACAUGUCGGCAGAGUCCAUCCGAGAUCUGACCCUGAUGCCCCUGCGCAUGAGCGGUGAAGCUUUCCAGAGCGAGAAGCCUUUGGACAUCCCCAAAGAGCUGUGGAUGAUGGUGGAUCAUCUGUACCGCAAUGCCUCGCAGCAGGAGGACCUGUUCCAGCAGCCUGGCCUGCGUUCCGAAUUCGAGCACAUCCGCGACUGCUUGGACAAAGGCAUGCACGACACCCUCCUUGGCAGCAACCAUUCUGUAGCCGAAGCUUUGCUGCUCUUCCUGGAAAGCCUGCCAGAGCCUGUCAUCUGCUACGAGUUCUACACCCUCUGUUUGGAGAGCGCCAGCAAUUAUGUGCUGGGCAGACAGAUUGUCUCCAGGAUGCCCGAGUGCCAUAAGAACGUGUUCAAAUAUCUGAUGGCAUUUCUGCGAGAACUACUGAAAAAUUCAGGGAAAAACCGCUUGGACGCAAAUAUUCUUGCUAGUAUAUUUGGUGGCUUGUUGCUUCACCCUCCUCCCGGCCAGCCCAAGCCUGACAUCACUGAGAAGAGGAAGGCCCAGCAAUUCAUCCAUCAGUUCCUCUUGAGAGAAGACAACUCCCCAUAGACUCCAGUUGCAGCUAAUCUGUUUUUAGAUGAAGAUGUUGAGUUACUGUAAAAUAUUUUUGUACAGAGUAUCAGCUUUUUUCAGGAUUUUACAGUAUUUUAUAUAGAGCACAAUCUAUUAUUAAAUACAGAUCAGACAUUUAGAACCAGUUGUCACUAUUAACAAACUAUAAAAAACACUGAAUUUCUAAAUAAGCUUGACAGAAACCAGCAAAGACAUGCAGGAACUGACAUUUUAUACCGUAUUUUAAUUAUUUAACUUGUAUUAAACCGUGGAGUUUUGAAGUUCCUUUUUAUUUAUAAAGCGAUAGCCAUCUUAGUGCACUUUCUCGGCCUGCCCUUCACCCCGUGUCCCUGAUGACAGGCUUGAGCUUCCGGGUCUGUUCAUUUGGAUUAAAUCUCAUUUGUUCAACGGCACAGAGCCAAGCAAGACAAGAGCCACAGAGCAUUGCCAGGUGUGUCUCAACCUCUGCACAAGCACAUUGGGGGCUGCAGAGAGCCUCAUUUAGGGCCUUGGUGAUGAUGCAGAAAAUCGAAAGAGAAGACAUUAGCAAUUCUGUCUCUGCUUGCAGGGACUGUGAACAUGCUGUAUUGCAGGCCUAAGUGGAUUAGCUCCUUGCCUGAAGAUGUUCAUGAUGCUGCCAGGGCAGUGACAGUUGGCAAGCACUGUGACCUGAGAUGGCACUGCAGGGACUCUGAGCAUACCGUCCCAGUGACACCUUGGAGGUGAACUUGCAGUAUCGACUAGAACUGUUAAGCUUUGCACAGUCCGGUUUAAACGUCGGCGAGCUAGGCAGCAGAUUCCAGUGUACUGUACCUAGCCAGGACUUUCUGUUGUGUAAUUCUAUUUUGAUGCUAUAAAUCUAUUUUAACAGUG